UUGCUCUGUGGCAUGGGGAACACUCGGUCAUUUCCGGAUAUACUUGGGAAAAUAGUGUUUUUGUUUCUCAUAUGUAUGGAACCGUCCUCAGGGUCAACAAAUCUUGCACUCCUCCGUCCGGCAACGCAGAGUACCCCAUCGAGUCCCACGGGACCGGACAAAGCCGUGGAUGGGUUGAACAUCACAGUCAUGGAUGUUUCUAAUAACUUGUUCUGUACCUUCGUGGAGACAUUCAGUCUUUCAGGAUGGUGGCAAGUGGACCUCCUGGUGACGGUCAGAGUAGGCAGUGUCCGGAUCACUCCUGCCCAAUAUCCACAUGGAUUACCAAAGGACUUUCAACUGGUCGUAUACCCCGAUCCACAGUGUCCACAAAGUCCAAAACUUUGCUUUGAGUAUAUUGGAAUAUUCUCUAACGGAGUGGCGGAAACCAUCUACUGUUCGACGCCUGUGAGAGGGCGCUAUGUUCGCUUCAUUCAGAACGAUCCAAUGUUCUUAUGUGAGGUCGAGGUGUAUGAAUUGGAAACAGAACUUAAAGGUGCCAUAUUUGAGCAGAUACCGGAAAAGAAGUUCGAUCUAACAGGGCCUGUUGAGAUGAAGACCAGGUCCGCCAUGGACUGUGCACGAUACUGCUUGGAACAUGGUUACUGUCCUGCCUUUAAUUUUAGAAGUGACUCCCGAAUAUGCGAGAUCUCGGCUAACGGAAACAGCAGUGGGCUGACAGCGGGAAACCCCGUAUGGGAUGCCUAUGAACAGGAUCUGUGCUUGGACAACUAACAUUCUAAAUACAACGUGAAACUUGUCAACGUGAUUAUCUCCUAUACUCUGAUCUUCACAUGCAGCUUUAACAGCUCCUUACUCCCUGGCACUUUUCAGUGAAUAUUUCGUGACAUGCUAACCUGAUGGAAUCCGAGAGUGCUAUCACUAUUUUCCCUUAUGAUGCUCUAUGGGACCUCUCUCGGCGGGACUUAUUUAUUUUCUGGCGUUGACAUUUGAAUUUACAUAAAUUACUCAUGGAGAACACCAUUGGAACAUCUAACAUUGCCAAUGUUCCGCCAAGAAUGUCGUCACAGAUACUGGCAUGUCAUUCAGGUCAUUUAAUCAACACUGUACUGUUUGAUGAUGUUCAUUAAAUAAAAU